GGAAGGUGCAGCAUUUGGGAAGAGCUUCCUGAAUAACCCUUCUCUCUGUGCUGCUACACAUACACGGGGACUCCGAUUUUGCGAUGAAAGAUCUGGUAAGGUUUCAACCAAAAUUACUGCCAUUCUCGGAAGUCUAGCGGCGUUUCUAUUUCUAGUCGUCGUUGCGUACACACUGUUUGUUUUCAGAAGCUACCAGAGAAGGAAGAAAGCGGCGGUCGAAGAUUGGAAGCUCACCCCGUUUCACAGCCUGAGCUUCACGGAAUCGAGCAUUUUACCGAACCUGAUGGAGAAGAAUGUAGUCGGAAGUGGAGGAUCUGGAAGAGUGUAUGUCGUCCCGUUGAGUCGAUCAACGGGAGAGAAAGUCGCCGUCAAGAAGAUCUGGAGCAACCACAAGCUGGAAGAGAGCCUCGAGAAGGAGUUCCUCGCGGAAGUGGAGAUACUCGGCACGAUUCGCCAUUCCAACAUUGUGAAGCUUUUGUGCUGCAUCUCCAGCGAGGAAUCGAAGCUGCUGGUCUACGAGUACAUGGAAAACCGCAGCCUGGAUCUGUGGCUUCAUGCAAAGAGAAGAUCAGCCGACCAACUCCUGGAUUGGCCGACGAGGAUGCGUAUUGCAAUCGGAACUGCUCGAGGGCUUUGCCAUAUGCAUCACAACUGCUCACAGCCGAUUGUUCAUCGAGAUGUGAAAUCCAGCAAUGUUCUGUUAGACUCUGAGUUCAAUGCCAAGGUUGCAGAUUUCGGACUGGCCAGAAUAUUAUCGGGACAUGGCGACUCUAACACUGUCUCAUCGGUUGCCGGAUCCUUCGGUUACAUAGCUCCUGAGUACGCUCAUACGAGGAAAGUGAACGAGAAAGUGGAUGUGUAUAGCUUCGGAGUGAUCCUUCUGGAAUUGGUGACGGGUAGAGAGCCGAACGACGAAGAAGAGGAGUGGUGCCUAGUGGACUGGGCGCGCCACCACGUGGAAGCAGGAAUUGCGAUUGGGGAAGCCCUAGACGAAGAGAUCACGACGGCGAAUAACUUGGGCGAAAUGUGUGGCGUUUUCAGGCUAGGAAUCUUCUGUACGGCUCCGAAUCCGGCCAAAAGACCCACCAUGAAAGAGGCUCUGCGGAUCCUCCAACAUUGCACCGAUCUGUUGCCUAAUGGAAGACAAAAAACAGAUUUCAAUGAGCAUGACGGUGCACCGCUGCUCAAGAGUUCUAAAUGCUGAUAUACAUGGCAUUUGGAAUAUGGAGAUGAAGGUUGUGAUGAAGCCUUUUGAUGUAAUUUGAAAGGAGGUAAACUGAAUUUCUAGAGUGCAAGUCUCUGAGUAUUGAUCAUCUGGAGAAUUUGGUUUAAUCGAAGUGGGUAGUCCGGCUGGCCUCUGCGAAGCAUGUUUAUUUAAGAUUCAACUAUACACGUUUUUGUACCCAUCAG